CAAACCAUAAUAUUUCCUAAUAUAUUCAAGUAAUUCUUAUUCAUUUUACCGUAUAUGUGUGUUGUUUCUGACAGCUUCAAUUAGCCUUGUUUGUCAGCUGUGAAUUCAGUCACAUCGCGACUGUCAAAAUGGCCACUGAGUUUUUUUUGUGGCCGUGUAUUAAAACUAAAUCUGAUUAUUUCUGCUAAAAAAUUUAACUAAUAAUUAUCAAAAAGCGUUAAUUAUCCAACAUUACGAUAUGUGUAUGUGAAAAUUAAACGGCGAAACUAGUGAAAGUGCGUAAAAUAACUACUGAACUGUGAUUUUUAAAAUCAAGCGAGAACUGCAAACAGCAGACUUUCGCUUAUAUUGCUAUUGCGAUGACCACUCACAGUGCUGGGGACAAAAGUUCUACUACUCUAGAGCUGUCCACAACUAGCAGUGAUGAUAGUAAUACGAGUCUGAAUUCGAAGGAACUGCGCAAUCACGAUGAUGGCACAUUGUUCUUUAAGAAGGUCGGCAGUGCGCUCAUGUAUGGCAUGGCGUCAUUUAUGAUAACCGUCGUAAACAAGACGGUUCUUACAUCUUAUCAUUUUCCAUCAUUUCUGUUUCUCAGCCUCGGACAGUUAUCAGCCAGUAUUUUUGUACUUGGACUUGGUCGACGAAUGAAAUUUGUUACUUACCCACCUUUAAAACGAAAUACAUUUAUGAAAAUUUUUCCAUUGCCAUUAAUAUUUCUUGGAAACAUGAUGUUUGGAUUAGGUGGCACAAAGGAGUUAAGUUUGCCAAUGUUUGCCGCACUUCGACGCUUUUCAAUUUUAAUGACCAUGUUACUGGAAUUGAAAAUACUUGGGGUGAGACCUUCAUUCACGGUACAAGUUAGCGUUUACGCUAUGAUUGCUGGGGCAUUGCUAGCUGCAUCCGAUGAUCUGUCCUUCAAUAUGAAAGGAUACACCUUUGUAAUGAUAACUAAUGCGCUGACUGCAUCGAAUGGUGUGUAUGUCAAGAAGAAGUUGGAUACUUCAGAAAUUGGAAAAUAUGGUUUAAUGUUCUACAAUUCGCUAUUUAUGUUUAUGCCGGCGCUGUUUUUUACUUAUUUCACUGGGGAUUUGGAAAAAUCACUAACUUUCAAUCAAUGGCAAAAUCCCUAUUUUGUUAUACAAUUUUUAAUGAGUUGUUUCAUGGGCUUCAUUUUACAGUAUAGCACUAUGCUAUGCACGCAAUAUAAUUCGGCACUAACAACAACAAUAGUUGGCUGCUUAAAGAACAUAUGUGUAACAUAUCUUGGGAUGUUUAUCGGUGGUGACUACAUUUUCUCAUGGCUUAAUUGUAUUGGAAUUAAUAUCAGCGUUUUUGCAAGUUUACUAUACACAUACAUAACAUUCAGACGGAAGCAAGCACCUGAUAAGGAACUGCUGAUACCAACAACGAGAGGAGUAGCAGUGUAGCAGUCUAAGAAAUUGUACUUGUAGAUAUUUAUUAACUAAUGUGCAGUUUGUACUAAUAAGUCAUUCAAUACAAUGAAAAAGUUUCUAUUGUAAAAUAUACGUUUAUAUAAAUAUGUAUGUAUUUAUGAUUUAAUUUGGAAAAAGAAGACACUACAAACAGUAGAAAACGAAGCUAAAUUCGAAAUUUUAGCAGAUAUUCACUAAAAUAUAUAUAUUAAUAUAAAUAUAAAAUAAGUAUAUGUACGAAGUAAAUACAUUCAUACUAGAACGAGGCAUUAAAUGUAUGUAUGCAUGUAUUGAUAUUUCAUAUUUUAUAAACACAAAUAGCCAUGUAAUUCAUUAAUUUUAGUUCUUAAAAAUUUGCCAAAGCCAUAGUUAUACGUUCAUAAUGUGUAGCAUUGAAUUUUAUGUUCCGAUUUCAGGGUGGGCUGCAAUUUGUUAUCAAAUAAUUUGUGGAUGUUUAUAAAAAAAAUUGCAUGCAACAGAAGUGUCAUAGUCACUAGCUCCGCCGUGAGCAAUGUAUGUAACUUUGCUAUUGUUUUAAGUAAACCAAACACAAAAAAUUAUAUAAUAAAUAAAACUCUUUAUUUUAGUCAAAC